AUGUCGUUGCCUGCGGUGGAUGUCAAUUUUCUAUUAAAAAUUGCCCACCGUAUGGAGGAACGUCGGCUCCACGUCUACGUACCAAGUCUCCACCGCUCUGCUACAGCCAUUCUUCUACGAUUUGGCAAUGAACAACAUCAAAAUGUUGCCCGUCAUUUGUUGGCAUGCAGAGAUGGCACUCAUUCGGCUUCAGCAUUGCUGCAGCACCUUGCAAGUGCGGGUAGCACAGAAAUACUUUCAUCCUUGUCUAUGCUCUUUGUGAAACGCGCAGAUGUGGCUUCUGAUCGUUGGAGUGGAAGUGUAUCAUUCCCUGGUGGCCGCCGUGAUGUAGGUGAUGUAGACGAUUUGCAUACAGUUUUCCGGGAAGUUUACCAAAUGCUUGGAAUACCAUUAAAAUCGAAUGAUUUUAUUCUCUUGGGACGACUCCGUGAUUAUAGUAUUCAAGGUCGACAUAUAAGUACCACAGGUGCUGUUCAGUCACGUUUUGUUUUUCUACACAUUGGAGAUCUCUCACCAACGGUACAUUUUGCCCGUCAUGAAGUAGAUGCGGUGCAGUGGGUCCCUAUUAGUCGUUUCGCUAAAGAGCAUGCGGAAUGUGGUUGUGUCUGUCAUCCGUUGAGUUGUUUUCUACGACCAACAGAUGCAGACUCCAGACUGCUCUUAAGAGAGAUAUUCCCUCAUGCGUAUUUAUCAUUCCCAAGUGUGCAGUUACAUGAUCGUUGGCGUGUAUGGGGUUUAGCGUUACGGACUACAAGUGAAUUAUUAUCUCUUGAGGGCAGACCACCUAUUGAUUGGCCACUGGUUUCUUCAAAUAACGCACUACUUCAGCAUUUUGUGAUUGACGCCGUACAUGGAUAUUAUGAGAUGCUCUACACAUUUUACCGUUUGAAGGCAUGGCUAAGGUUGAGAAAUACAUCACUCUUAAAGAAGUAUGAUAUUCUCCCACCUGAGGCAGAUUCUAUUUUCUGGGCUGUUCCAGAAUCUAUAGAGCCACGGCAUAUUUUUUUUCUUUUCCUAGAUGUAUUCUUUGCAGUGUUUAUUCUUUAUUGUGUUGCAAGUGUGAUAUUUGUUAUCUCUACUGCUAUCUGUGUGAUGUUUGGAUGGACCAACACGAACGAAAGAAGGGAACAGAUUCAUGCAUAUUAUGCAGCAAACACAUCAGCCACUGCCGAACUUGAACAAUGGAACCGAAAACAACAACAACAACAACAAGAAGAAGAAGAAGAGGGUGAAGAAGAGGAAAGAAAGAAAGAAUUAAAUGAUGGAGUAAUGGCAGAAUGUGAGCUCACUUCUACCCACCCAGAACUAGGCAUCUUCUCUGAGAAGAUGGAAUCCGCUACACCUUCAUUAACUUACAAUGAAGUUAAACCAACCGACACCGAAUCCAUAUCCAAUACUACAAUUACCAAUGAGAAGGAGAACUUUCGAGAUGAUUUAGAUGCCGGUAGUGGAAACUCCUGCAACGCAAAUGAUCAUAUUUCUCUUGCCGCUCUGCCAAGUUCUGAUGACUGGAAUGCGUUUCGACAGUCUGUGAGAGAAUGGGCAGGGAAGGGUGCUUUUGUUGAAACUCCAUACCUCUUCCCUACCAAACUGGAAGAUAAGGAAAACCACUGA